CAGAUCCCUCCUGACUGUGUGGACAUGUUGACGGAGAUCAGAGGGUUCACUGACCCACAGAAGGAGGAGUACUUCAGGAAGAGAUUCAGAGAUAAGAAGCAGGUCAGCAGCAUCAUCUCCCACAUGAAGAAGUCACGAAGCCUCCACAUCAUGUGCCACAUCCCAGUGUUCUGCUGGAUCACUGCUACAGUUCUGGAGGAGCUGCUGAGAACCAGAGAGGGAGGAGAUCUGCCCAGAACCCUGACUGAGAUGUUCAUCCACCACCUGGUGGUUCAGGCCAAAGUCAAGAAGAUCAAGUAUGAUGGAGGAGCUGAGACAGAUCCACACUGGAGUCCAGACAGCAGGAGGAUGAUUGAGUCUCUGGGAAAACUGGCUUUUAAUCAGCUGCAGAGAGGAAACCUGAUCUUCUAUGAGUCCGACCUGACAGAGUGUGGCAUCGAUGUGGAAGCAGCCUCAGUGUACUCAGGAGUGUUGACACAGAUCUUUAAAGAGGAGAGAGGACUGUACCAGGACAAGGUGUUCUGCUUCGUCCAUCUGAGUGUUCAGGAGUUUCUGGCUGCUCUUCAUGUCCAUCAGACCUUCAUCAACUCUGGAAUCAACCUGCUGGAAAAACAACAACAAACAACCUCCAACAAACCUGAUCCAGCAGGUUUCUACCAGAGAGCUGUGGACGAGGCCUUACAGAGUCCAAACGGACACCUGGACUUGUUCCUGCGCUUCCUCCUGGGUCUGUCACUGCCGACCAAUCAGAAUCUCCUACGAGGCCUGCUGACACAGACAGGAAGUAGCUCACAGAUCAAUCGGGAAACACUGGAGUACAUCAAGGAGAAGAUCAGUGAGAAUGUGUCUGUAGAGAGAAGCAUCAAUCUGUUCCACUGUCUGAAUGAACUGAAGGAUGUUUCUCUAGUGGAGGAGAUCCAACAGUCCCUGAGAUCAGGACGUCUGUCCACAGAUGAACUGUCUCCUGCUCAGUGGUCAGCUCUGAGCUUCAUCUUACUGUCAUCAGGAGAAGAUCUGGACGUGUUUGACCUGAAGAAAUACUCUGCUUCAGAGGAGGCUCUUCUGAGGCUGCUGCCAGUGGUCAAAGCCUCCAAGAAAGUUGUACUGAGUGGCUGUAAUCUGUCAGAGAGAAGCUGUGGAGCUCUGUCCUCAGUCCUCAGCUCCCAGUCCUCCAGUGUGACAGAGCUGGACCUGAGUAACAACAACCUGCAGGAUUCAGGAGUAGAGAGUCUUUCUGCUGGACUGGAGAGUCCACACUGUAAACUGGAAGCUCUCAGGUUGUCAGGCUGUCUGGUCACAGAGGAAGGUUGUGCUUUUCUGGCCUCAGCUCUGAGCUUCAAGACCUCAAAUCUGAGAGAGCUGGACCUGAGCUACAACCAUCCAGAAGACUCAGGAGAGAAGAUGCUGAGAGCUAAAGUGGAGGAUCCACACUGUAGACUGGAAACUCUCAGGGUGACGCCUGCUGGAGUCCGAUGGUUGACACCAGGUCUGAGGAAGUAUUCUUGUCAACUCACAGUCGACACAAACACAGUAAACAGAAAACUCAAACUGUCUGACAACAACAGGAAGGUGACACUUGUGGAGGAGGGUCAGUCGUAUCCUGAUCAUCCAGACAGGUUUGACUGGUAUCAGCUGCUGUGUGAAACUGGUCUGACUGGUCGCUGUUACUGGGAGGUCGAAUGGAGAGGAGUGGUUCAUAUAACAGUGAGUUACAGAGGAAUCAGAAGGAAAGGAGUCAGUGUUGAGUGUGUGUUUGGAUGUAAUGAUCAGUCCUGGAGCCUGUGGUGCUCUGAUGAUGGUUACUCUGUCAGACACAAUAAGAGUCAAACAUCCAUCUGGUCCUCCUCAGUCUCUCACAGAGUUUCAGUUUAUGUGGACGUUCCUGCUGGAACUCUGUCCUUCUACAGAGUCUCCUCUGACUCUCUGAUCCACCUCCACACCUUCAACACCACAUUCACUCAACCUCUUUAUCCUGGAUUCGGGUUCUGGUAUCCUGAUUCCUCAGUGUUUCUGUGCUGAGUUGAGUCUCCAGAGUCUCCUCCUGGUAGAGAAACAGUGUUGAACAGAUAGUUGAGUCUCUCCAUGACUCUGUCCCUCAGAAACAUGUUUUCACAUUCAUGGAUUAAAUGUGUUUCUUUGUGAAAUCCUUCUAAAUGGUUCCUUGUAAACUUGUUCCUCUUCAAAGAUGGAAGUUGUGAUUAUUCCAGGAGCCAAAUGUGGUGUUUGCGUCUUUUUCCAGUCAAAUGUUGAGAGUGAAAAUCAGGAUGUGGUGUUUCCUCUGAUGCUCACUUGAACUAAAAGCAUUUGAGCUGCACAAAGUGUGAAAUGAGAGAGGAAGCAGUGAAUCUACAAACUGCUGACAGACUUUCACACAUUAUUGUCCAGUGAAAAUCAGGUUUUUGUGCAGCCAGACUUGAUCCUGAUUUGAGUGUUUAAGUUCUUAAUGUUAGUAUUAAUACUGUUUACACUGUUUAUUCCACUAUUUAUCCCUUCCUGUAAAUUUAGAUGAAAUAUCUUAUUAGUUUAUCCACAGCUAUGUUUUUAUAUGCUUAUUGUGUUCGUUGCAUUCUGUCCAUGCUGUUUAUUCUGUAUAUAAUGCACUUUACUGCUGCUUUUGUUCUUCUGAUUUCAUGCUACACUACAAUUCAGUGUCUCACUGCUUGUACUCUGUGCAAUGAGAACAAAGUUGAAUCUGGUCCAUUGUAGUUUGUUGUUUAGUUCAGGCUGAAUCUUGGUCUUUGUUUUCAUGUUAGUUCAAUAACAGACACUCAGCUGAAUAAUGUUUCAGGACCGUGUGGCUACAACAGCUCUCUUCUGAUUGGACGAUCACACUGAACGCUGACUCUGACCAAUCAGGGAGCAGCCUUGUUGCUAUAUAAAGCUGCAGUUUGCUCAGCAGAAGCCACAUCAGUGAGAAGCUUUCACACUCAAACAUGUCUGGAUGUGGAAAAGGUAUCAGCAGUGGUAAAGUCAGAGCGAAGGCCAAGACUCGCUCCUGUUAGGAUUUUUAUCUCACAAAGGCUCUACUAACUGAACACUGAAAUUGAUAUUACAUAUGCAUGUUAUAAUAUUGAUAAUAAAACCAUUUAAUGUGCAAUGAAUCCAUGAGUUGUGCUUGACCUUUAAAAGGGAAGAGAUGGAGCUAAGCACUAACUCCAAAGCUCUGAUGGACACAGACAGGCCAGGCUGGAAAGUUACAGCCAUUUACAAAAAAAUGUCUCUUCUUCUGCACAUGCAUACACACUAACAAAGAUAGAGUUUUGGCUUUGAUACACAGCACAUUUCUAUUUCCUUAUAAUGUAACAAGUAAUUGCUCUGAAACUGCUAACUCAAGGUUGUCUGAGGGAGAAAAUCAUAAUAAUCCUGCCUGAGGGACACCUGCAUUCCUCCCUAUGAAAUACCACUAAUGACUGCAUCACAUAUCAGCUAACAAAGGAAUAAAUCUAGCUGGUCGAGAGCAGGAAGAAGUUUGCAGGAGGGUUCUUUUUACAGGGUGCAGCUCCUGGGGAUUGGAUGGAUCGUGUGCCAAGAGAUAUGGACAUAUCUGUGCACCAACUAAUGGGAGAGCUAAGUCUAUACCAUGGUUUAUCCUCACCUUUGGCCAAUCACAUUUCAAUAUUUGAAUUAUAUGUUUGUGUUCUACCACCAAUCACAUUUCACCAUACUGUAUAAAGUGUCCUGUUCAUAUCAAACCUCGUCUCUGUACAGCUUGCCAAAUUUACGUUUGCAAAUUUUCUCCAUGACAAACCCCACAAUAUCAACAAAACGUUCUGCACCGGCAAAGGCACCUGAGGACGCGCCCAAAAGGAAGAGAAAGAUGCUAAAUAUCGCAGAAAAAGUUAAACUUCUGGGCACCAAGCGAGGAUGAGGGACAAGGGGAAGAAGAGGGGACACGUGUUGAUAAAGAUGAGGAGGAUGGACUAACACUUGGUCGCUUGGCAACCAUGGUAAGAAUGGCCUCGGAACUUCAGCGUGUGGCGCAAGAAUGGGACCCUUUGAUGUGUCGUUCAUUACAGUUCUCAAAUAUAAUCGAAGGUGGUAUGUCUGUUUAUAAAAAUCUUCUUGUCCAGAAGAAAAAAGAGUGCCAACAAUUACCCAUAACUAUGUUAUUCUCUCGGAAAAAGACACCAGCACCACAGCCUUCAGCAGAAAAAGACGUUGCAGCGGAGCGGAGUGACGAAGCGGCAAAGUUAGAGGAACGGUGAAAUACGCGUGAGUCACAAUGUGUCCAACCUCGUACUGACUAUUAAAAAUAUUAUUUCACAGUAUUUCCAAAAACUAUCAUAGUUAUUUGUUGAAAACGUUUAUGCUUUUAUUUUUUUUAAAUGCUUGGGCCUGAAAACAGGUUUUGGUCGUUGGUUUCAUUGUAUACGUGGUUCAGUAUUGUAUAAUAACUGUAAAAAAUAAAGAUGACUACUUCACGGA